AUGGAGGGAGGGAGUGAGAAGGAAGGCAAAGUCUUUUGUGCUUCCCCUCCCCCCCACCAGAGCAAAGGGGAAAUGUCUGUGCCAAAGGGAGGUAAGUGUAAGAAGAAACCGGGGCUUAAACUCUCCAAGGAGGUGUUUGAGCAGCCCCCACCUGCAGCAACGCCGCCGAGAGACUUGGACUCCAAAGCCUGUGUCACCAUUGGGGAGAAGAACUUUGAGGUGAAGGCCGAUGACCUGGAGCAGAUCGAAGAGCUGGGGCGAGGGGCGUAUGGAGUGGUGGACAAGAUGAGACACGUGCCCAGUGGAGUAAUCAUGGCUGUAAAGAGGAUCAGAGCAACAGUGAACACACAGGAGCAGAAGAGACUUCUGAUGGAUCUGGACAUUUCCAUGAGAACAGUGGACUGUUUCUUCACUGUCACCUUCUACGGAGCGCUCUUCCGAGAGGGGGACGUUUGGAUCUGUAUGGAGCUGAUGGACACAUCAUUGGAUAAGUUUUAUAAACAGGUGAAUGAGAAGGGCAUGACCAUCCCUGAGGACAUCCUGGGAAAGAUAGCGGUCUCUAUUGUGAAAGCGCUGGAGCACCUGCAUAGCAACCUGUCAGUGAUUCACCGAGAUGUGAAGCCAUCGAAUGUGCUCAUUAACAUGCAGGGCCAGGUGAAGAUGUGUGACUUUGGUAUCAGUGGUUAUCUGGUCGACUCGGUUGCAAAGACCAUGGACGCUGGCUGUAAACCCUACAUGGCGCCCGAGAGAAUCAAUCCAGAGACCAAUCAGAAGGGCUACAAUGUUAAAUCUGACAUCUGGAGUUUGGGAAUCACCAUGAUUGAGCUGGCUAUCUUGCGUUUCCCCUAUGACUCGUGGGGGACGCCCUUUCAGCAGCUUAAACAGGUGGUGGAGGAGCCAUCCCCCCAGCUCCCCGCCGAAGGCUUCUCCCCCGAGUUUGUGGACUUCACGUCCCAAUGCUUGAAGAAGAAUUCCAAAGAACGGCCAAACUACACAGAACUCAUGCAACAUCCUUUCUUCACCCACCACGACUCCAAAGAAACCGACGUUGCCAGCUUCGUCAAAAUCAUCCUUGGCGACUGAGCCCUACUCCUCAAUGCCAACCUAUCCUCAGGCAGGCGGGGCGGAACUAUUCCACAGAGAAAAAACAAAAGCACCAAUCAUAAUCCAGACACCUGAAAUACACGCCCACCUGGAGCGUGGGCAGAGAGGGACUGUUUAAGGGCCCAUGGAGGAGACUGAAGCUGCAAGAGGGUUUUCAUCAAAAAAACACAGAAGCAGGGCAUGG